CAUAGAGAUUAACAGUGGAAGCUAUGGUUUCUGAUGUGGGCCAGACUGAGCCAAUUUCUGGUGGUGGUGGUGAUGAUAUUGUUGUUGAUAGCAGCAAGGCUGAGUCGGUUUAUGUUCAUGGAACUGUUGCUUUGGCCAAUCUAAAUGCCGUAAGAAAUCACGUUGCUGAACAGGGACCAGGUGUUUCUAUUGCAGUAUCAGGAUCUCUUGGGGAGGCUGUUGAUCCUUGCGUUUCUAGAUUAGAUACUGUGCUUGAGCCCAAAUCUGAUGCUGGUUUGGGAAAUGAUUUGGAGGCAAGGGAAACUUCAUUGUCCAAAGAUGGUCUGGAUGAACAUCAUACAAAAUGUAGUGCAGACACUAGCAGCCGAAGUAUUUGUAGGCUAGAUGCAAAUAAAGCCAAAGACGAGUGCAUUGAUAGAAAUUCUUCUUCAGGUUUUAGCUUCAGCUCUAAAGAUCCACAACAGGGUCCUCCAGAUUUGAAUUCAACUUCAGAGUCUUCUGGCACAUUAGUGCAAAAGGAACAGUUUUCCGCUAAAAAUUCUGCAUUUUGUGAUUCUGAUGCGUUUCAAUGCGAGAAAACAUGCAACCAAGACAGAUUGUCAUCAACACUUGAUUAUGAGAAGAAUGAAAACAAACGAGGUCAGCCAAGAUGAGUCUGCCCUUAGCGGAUCUUGCUGAUUCCUACCAAAUUCUAAGGGUUAUCUGUUGCAAAUUUCUUCUUUGAAAGAAACGAAAGGUAAUGUCAGCUGUAGUCAUCUUCCUGAAGUUAAAAGCCUUUUGACAACUGAAAGGGGUUCUACCGGUCCAUUUUUGGCUCAACAUUGACAUCUUCAGAAUUGCAGCGGUUCAGAAUCAGCCCUGAGCUUCCACACCCUUUGCAAAACUUUGAAAAAGCAAGUUUGCAUCAGAAAUCCCAUUCUCGGAGUCUGUCAGAUACAGAAAAACUGUCCAGGAAUGGUAAUGUGAAGCCGUUUGGCCAGAUAUUCAAUUCUAGUUCCCGAAACAAUGACAAGGUAGCUCAUUUUUCAAAACAAAGCUCAAAAACAUUAAAUUCAAAGUUCACAAGCCAUGACAAUGAUGGUGGAGAUGCAUCUUUGCCUGACUCAGCUAUGUUGUUGGCUAAAUAUCCUGCUGCAUUUGUUAAUUAUCCUGCUUCCUUAUCUCAAGUUCACCCGCAAGCACUGCAGACUCUUGUCCGGAGCACUGAACGAAACUUCAAUGGUGUUCCAGUUUAUUCCCUUAGGGAAAUAAGCAGCACUGGGGUGGAUUAUCUCGUGUACAGGGGCCAUCAUUGCAUGAAGGUUGCACAAUUUACUAUCGAUAUGAAGCAGCAACAUGAAAUGUUCCCCCAGAUGUGAAGGCGUAACUGAUUCUAUGCAAUCCCGAAAUUACAGCAGCGGGGAAGGGGGAUGGUUGGAACUAUUGUUGUAGGUAGGGUAGGACUUCUUUCUGAUUCGGUAGCAGUACUUAGAAUGCAGUACUCGAAAACUAAGAAGCCAAAUGACGGGCAGAAUGAGAGCAUCAUCAGGGAAGAAGAUUCAUGGAAUAGGUAAGGGGGACAUAGGUAGAUAGUAGAAACCAAAUCUUUCUUUGCUGCACGCAAUACAAUAGAUUUUGGUACUGUAUGCGUUUUAACGACACUUGAUGACGGCGCAGUGUACAGUUAUUAAGUCCAGUCUUUUGGUAGUGUAUGUGUGCGUUUUAGGUCAUUUGUAAUGUUCCAGCAUCCUUGUAUAAGUUGUAUUUGAUGGAAAAUACACACAAAAUAAUAAUAAUAAUAAUAAUAAUAAUAAACCAUAAAAGUUAAAAGGAA